GAUUGGAGAAAAAGUCACUUGUGCAGCAAUUUGAUUGGGUCAUGUAGCAAGCGAUCUGAUUGGUCACAAGCCACUUGCACGGUAAACCUCCCUCUUUCUCGGGGUGCUCUGCGCGCAUGCGUGUGUUUACGCACGCGGCCCGACUUGACUUGGCUCUGUACCCGAUGGGGUGGUACUGCUGUGCUAGGGCUCGGGGACGAGCACUCUUCCUUUGCUGGCCAGAGUGGACAAGGAGGAGAGAGUUGGUUUUAUCGAGGAGGCCUUAGACUGCAUCUGCAUAACCGUACAACAACAAGCUCCAGCAACGAAGAAAUAGUUUUCCUCCCA